AUGCCAUUUGCCUGGCAGACAACGCAAUGUGGCUCCGCUCUUGGACAAAUGUGGGGACUUUUACUUGUCCUUUGUGCUGCUUCCUCUUUUCCCGUGAGACACGCCGCACACCCAACGCCCACACACCGUCGUUCCUGCUUGCGUAUCUCCUGCGGGCUCGGCAACUCUUCGCGGGCGCGUGCCCUCCACGAGGAACGCGCACCCAUUCCCGGUUCCCGGAACUGUAGUUACAUCCACCGGAGCCUGGGGGCUACACUGUUCUCCUCCCUCCCCUUUUGUGUGCGUGUGGGGUGCUGGGUGCUGCUUCACGACCGUGUGUGUGUGUGUCACUGUAGUGCGGCACAUUUAUUUCUCUCUUGUUGUUGUUGUUGUUGUCCUUGCCCCACUGUGUGGAUUGUCUCACACACUCGAGCGACUCUACGACGAAUGAUGAUGGUGACUGUGCGGCGCUGCGUGGCGUGCGACCUGCUGGUCCUUGCGCUCUUGUGCUGCUGCUGCUUGUCCGUCUGCAGGGCUACUGCUUCGGGCGUGCGAUCUACCGUCGCGUCGACAAUAAUAUUGGUGGAGGUAGAAGUGUUGAGUGCGGAGACUGACGGUAAGUUGCGUUGGCGUCUUCCCGGCGAGGAGGACUGGCGAAAGUGUGCGAAGAAGCCCGGAAGAACCCCGGAAAGCGGUGACGACUGUACACGGCUAUGCGAUGAGGCUUGGGGCAUCUACGACGAUCCGGACAUUAAUGAAAUGUGCAUUUUUGGCAGUGAUCCGAAUAAUGCUGCGUUCCAGAUGAAAUUUGAGACGCACGGAGAUCUAAAAAACUGCAGUUUGGGGGAGGCACCGAACACUGAUAGGGUGACCGCUGGGGGUGCGCAACACCUGGCUGGAGCAGCACCCCCGGUGGCCUCAACAGCACCAGCGGUCUCAGCAGACGGUGUUCGCCAGGCAGAGAGCGGCGCCGAAGGUUCGCCGGGGGACUCAGCUGAGGCACCAAGGAAUAAAUUGCCUGACCCAACAGCCAAACGCCGCCCUGAUCCAACGACGAGCGAAACCGUCACCGCCAGCCCGCUGACAUCCACAGAAGGGGCAAUUCAAAGCCGGCAACGUGACGACGAGAGUGUCGUGACUAAAGGAGUUCACGGAGGAGGAGAAACACCGGGGAACUUGCAGGACGCAACGCCACCCACUGGUGACGCGAACCAACACGUGGCAUCAGCACCCGAAGCUUCCAGUCAUUCGCCCUCUUCUCCAUCCAGCGACGACGCAGCCCAAGAAACUUCCCACAAUGAUAAUGCGCCCCAACCGAUCACAGACGGAGGCACAAACGGUACCGCCACUGCGAUGCAGGGCCCCGGCGGUGCUGACAGCAGCGACACCACCACUGUGUGGGUGCGCACGCCUCUGCUGCCGCUGCUGCUCGUCACCGCCCUUGUCUGUGCUGCUGUGCGGUGA